AGAGUGCUAGCCUUGACCAAAAAAAAAGCUGAACUAUGCCGAAAGUAGUGUCCCGGUCGGUCGUCUGCUCAGACACCCGGGACCGAGAGGAAUAUGAUGAUGGUGAGAAGCCCCUCCAUGUCUACUACUGUUUGUGCGGCCAGAUGGUCCUGGUGCUAGAUUGUCAGUUAGAGAAAUUACCCAUGAGGCCCCGGGACCGAUCUCGUGUGAUUGAUGCUGCCAAACAUGCUCACAAGUUUUGUAAUACGGAAGAUGAGGAGACUACCUACCUUCGCAGGCCUGAAGGUAUCGAACGACAGUACAGGAAGAAGUGUGCAAAGUGUGGACUACCGCUCUUUUACCAGUCCCAACCGAAGAAUGCUCCUGUGACCUUCAUUGUGGAUGGAGCAGUAGUGAAGUUCGGCCAGGGUUUUGGGAAAACUAAUAUAUAUACUCAGAAACAAGAGCCUCCUAAGAAGGUGAUGAUGACCAAGAGGACUAAAGACAUGGGUAAGUUCAGCUCUGUAACUGUGUCCACCAUUGAUGAAGAGGAAGAAGAGAUUGAAGCUAGGGAAGUUGCUGACUCCUAUGCACAAAAUGCCAAAGUGAUUGAAAAACAGUUGGAGCGCAAAGGUAUGAGCAAGAGGCGGCUGCAAGAGUUGGCGGAACUGGAAGCCAAGAAAGCGAAAAUGAAAGGGACACUGAUUGACAACCAGUUCAAGUGACCCGGAUCUUCCUCUGAGACCAGACUGGAAGCAAGUCAUAAGAUCAUAAAGAAAAACAUCUUGGUUUCUAUUUAUUCUCCAGGAGGAUUUACUUUGCUUCCUAUCCACUAGGUCUUCAAGUCCAUUUGACUUAUUUUCUAGGAGAUAUAUAUCAGUUUUUGUGUAAGUUUUCUGUGCUUUUAUUUUCGUCUAUUUGGUAAAAAGUUCUUCAGCUGUUUAGAAACUAUUAAUACAUAAGUGUUUUUUUUCUA